AUGGCGGACAAAGGUGCCGUGACAGGCGGUGGGGAUGAUGCAGGAAGCAUCAUGGCGUUGCUGGAGCGCGUGGCGGGCCUCAUGGACACAGUCCAGACCACGCAGCAGCGCAUGGAGGAGCGUCAGCUGGAACUGGAGAACACAGUCAAGACUAUCCAGGCCGAUGUCGUCAAGUUGACCAACGAGCACGCCAACACCAGCUCCACCGUUGACCGGCUGCUGGAGAAGACGCGUAAGGUCAGCCGCCACAUCAAGGAUGUCAGGGUGCGUGUGGAGAACCAGAACGUCAGAGUGAAGAAGGUGGAGGCCACGCAGGGGGAUCUUCUGGCCAAGAACAAGUUCAGGGUGGUCAUUUAUCAGGUAAGACUUUGGUGGUUCUGUGGUUGAGAUGAGUCUGCUUCACUGCUGAGUAUCUGGGAUCAAUUCUGGAAUUAAGAUGGGAACUCUGGGUCAGAUAGAAAUGGACCCUUUAGGUUCUGACAGGAUUCUUUGGAAAUGAUCCCAACAGACCUUCUCCUUGUGUACCAAGGUUUGGUCCUGGUUUCUGGAUGAGCAGAUAAACAUAGUUGUACAGAUCGUGGGAUUUCGAGUCAUGACUCAGAGUCGGUAAACUCGUCUACCUUAAACCAGACAAGGUGUUACAAGGUUUGAGAUGGACAAACCUCACCCCAACACACUGGAACCAGUCUUCAAAAAUCUACAAGAGACCAAACUAAAGUCCUGGAUCCUUGAGUCUGACCUCCUGCAUUAGCCCUGUUCAUGUUUCUGGUUGAUUCUUGGCAACAAAGACCCACGUAGACCCGUGGCCCUCUUCCACAUCCUGAACCAGUGCAGCUAGGGUUGUGUUUUCACCCAUCAUGGGACCAAAAACAUUGUCUGUGUGGCAUUAAGUUUGGAUUUGGGGACUGAAUCGUGGGAAAGGAGGGUGUUGCUGGUUAGGAGGACUGAACAUUAAGACAGCAGAUCACUCGAAUGUGUCCUGGAUAGAGGAAAUUCCACGUUUCAGAGAAGUGUCCAAAGACACCUGUGGUCCUUGAGCGAUGCUCUUGGUGUUGACUCAGACCUCCGAGUUCCUCGAACAUGAGCAGACUGCAUUAGCUCAGUUCAUUCUGGAGUUGAAAUAGCAGCGAGCACACUCACAGCAGGCUUCACUUUACUUCUUUGGCCUUCACAGUUAGCAGCUGCCAGCUCAGUGGUGACCCGGUUAUUUUAGCCCUGGAUAAACGUCAGUGUGCUGAAAGGUUACACCACAGAUCUGGACCUCAGGAGGGUUUUGGUCAUAAAAAACAGUUUGUGAGCAAUUUUUUGGUUGUUACGCUGAAGUAGACGGAGCAAGAGGUCCACAGAGAAAUCUGGGUGCAGCUCCGCCCGGUUCUCUUUCAGCUUUAGUGAAUCUUUGUAUCCAUUCAGAUUAGGAAGGAGUUUUUUUGUGAGUGUGUUUCUCCAACCAAUCACAAAUGACCAUUACUGCCAUAGUGCCUGGUUACUGAUGCCCCCUAAAUGUCAGUCUGUGCUGCAUCACUCAGUGGGCUGAUGGAGAAUUUCGAUCGUCUAACUCCAGGAGAUUGAGGCAGAGACUAAGAAUUCAGAGUCCAGCAGGUUUCAGAGGAGCCUGAGGACGUCUCUCUACAGUAAAGUGUGGAGCUGGAUUCUUGAAUUGCUGGAUGGGGUGCGGUUCAUUACUGUAAUCUGGAGUCUGCAGUGGACAGGGUCAGGUUGCAGGGAGAUCACAUGCCGAUCACACCUCAGAGAAGCCCUGUGAUUGGCUGGUUGCAGCUGCUGCAUGUUAAACUGCCUGGUGCACAUUAAUACAGAGUUUACAUCAUGAUGGUUGGAGGCUAGAAACCCGGAAGUUCACCGUGUUGAUAUCUAGUAUAAUUCUUUGCAGUAGAAAAUUAAAAUAAAUAUUAUUACUGAUAUUACUUGCAGGUCUGGUUCAUGGUCUGGACUGUCACAUUCAUGUUUCUACCUCUCAAACGUUCACUCACUAACUCACUGAAACUUUACAUGAUAUUAAAGACAAACCAGUUCCUUCGAUCUCCAAAUUCCCACAAACAUGUUUGUGGCUCGAGGAAGAAACCGUCUGUGGAGUUUAUCUACACUGACUGUGGACUUAAAUUCAUGAAAACAUAUCUGUGAAGAGAACAGGAGGGCUGAGAGCUUCGUGAGGCAUCCCUCAGAACAAAAAUAAGAUUUUUAAAACAAAAUCAUUAUCAUACAAGAUUACAGUCAUUAGAUUACAGGAUUAAGAUCAGCAGUUAGAGGAUAAAGCUGUGAUGUUUCAGAUUAAAGUCCUUAUUUUAUGAGAAUUUAGUCUUUAGUCUGUUUGAAGGGAGAUACCACAGGUCUCGUCUUUUCUCUUUCUUCUCAGAGUCCUUAGACUAACGACAUUGUGAAGCUUAUUUUAGCAACAUUAUGACUUUUACCUCCUGACAUUCGGCCUUUUUUAGGGGUUUAAAAGAAAACCAAGUUUUCAGUCUGCUGACACACCCUGCAGCCCUGGAUGAUGGUGGUAUAAAUCCAGACCACUGAUGCCAGACGAGCGCUUACACGUGCACUAACUGCAUAUAUUAAUGAAGGAACAUGACAGUACACAUGCCUGAAUAAUAAAAGUGACCCUGUCGUCAGAGGACUCAUUUACUUCCUGAUCUCAGUUAUUAUUGUGAUGGAGUCCUGAGGAACUGAGGCCCAGUUUAGAGACAACUGUUGAGUUUGUGAUUCAGGAAGAACUCGUUUCACUUCGUUCUCUUGUUUCUCUGAAACGGGUUGACGAUCUAUAAAUGUGUGAAACUCAGACGUCAAGGUAAAGGGAACAGAUAACCUGCUAAUAAGACCAGCAGACUGUGUGCAGUUAGCAGGUCUCUGUACUGUAAGUGACUGUGCCAGCUGAGCGCUGACAGACCGGGUUAUUCUGAGUCUCGGCCUCCACCAUCUCCUAAUAUAGUGGUCUGCUCUCUCGCCCUUCCUCUCUCUCUCUGGACGAGUGAAUGACGACCUCCUGGUUGUAACUCAUGCUGUUAGCAGCUAACCGGCUAAACUCACUCCUCGAUUCCCCUCAGUCAGCUGGAGCAGAGGCUGUGAUGUCACAGGGUCACGACCUUUCACCCGUUCUGACCACUCUCCCUCCUGAAAGCCUGACAUCUGUAUGCUGUGGUGCUGAGAGGACUCCUUUCUGAGUCACUGGGUUCAUGUUCAUGAUUUUUAAAUGUUUAGAUGUUUUUAAUGAAGCUUCAGCUCUGAGGGACUUUAGAAAACUACUGACAAAGUUCUCAGACCAGGACUCUGCAGAGAUCCAAAACCUACCCCCAAUUUCCACUGCAUCCAGAACAGCUACAAAAAGGCCGUAUUCGCCGAUCGUAGCUGAUCGUAACCGUUCAAGUUAAAAGGUCAGCACAGAUUAACCCGUGCUGGAAAGGAAGUCGGGCACGGACACAAAAUAAAACAUCCGGCUUCUUUUCAAAAUAAAACACUCCGUGUUUCAGGAGGACCUUCCUGGACCCUUUCUGUGGCAGCAGGUUCGGGGCUGAUGUUAAUUUCUGUUCAUCACAAACAGACGUAAAAGAUCAGUUGUUCUCCAAGUGAAAAUGUUAAGAGACCGUCUGAUCACGCCCAAGUUGUCUGUGAUCCAUUUUACCAUGUCGGUCAUUAAUGACAUGCCAUGUCCCCCCGGACAGACGGAUGGACACAGAAAUAUGAGAGUCAGAUCACAGAUGCUUGAACAAGAUUGGGAUCUAGAAAUCUGCGUGACGAUCAUGUGACAAAGCUGAAGAACAGUUGGUGUGUUUCUUUCUAGUAAACAGCUGGAGAAAGGACGUAGCUAACCUAGCGUAGCACAGAGGAGGACAGCUAGCCUGACUCCAUCCACUGAAGCUCCCAGAUUAAUGUUGUACUGAUCUAUUUAAUCUGGAAUCAUUCAAACAGAUUCCUUUAGAAUAGACGUGUUCAUCUGUUCGGGGCUUCAGAUGAAAACGGUAGUUUCUGGUUGUAGUCUCUGUCCAGGUAAGAGGACACCACACUUCUCUGCAGAGCUCAGGAAGCUGCUGAUGGUCAGGAACUCCCCAAAACCCAAACUGUGUUUCAGGGCUCUCAAGUCUCACGCAUUCAGCGUGUGACACACGCAUUCCUACCCGUUCACACGCCACACAUUGUAUUUCUCACGCAUUUAAAUGAACAUGGUGAUGUCCACAAGUUGCACCUCUUUAACUAUGGAACAGGUAGGAAUCAAGUGAGUUCCUCCGAGAGUUCAGAAGCUGCGUGCCACGCGUAAGCCAAUCAAAUAAAGUAUAUCUACUGAACAGCCAAUCAAAAAGCAGCAUUGCUGUAUCCGGGUAGAUUUUGAUAUCUUGCGGUUUGACUACAGAAGAAGACAGACACUCGCCGAAUUAGAGCAGGUUUUCAUAAGGACGAGAAAGGCAUAUAAACUCAUAUGAUAAACUAAAGCCCUAUGCUAUUGAUGUAUUGAUGAAUUUAGUCUCUGUACAGCCAUUUUCCCCUCCACAAAAGCAGCAUUUCUCAUAUAUUCUUUUUAAAGUUCUGACAGUGUAAUGCUCAUGUACCAAAGGAUUAAGUAUCUCCAUGUUUGUGAAAACUAUACUAAAGUAUAAUUCAUCUAAAUGCUCCUCAGUGCUCAUUUUAACAACUCUCCUCCACAACAGGUAACUUUACGACUUUAUUCUUAUAAAUUAAUGACUUUAUUCUCCUAAAUAAUAACUUUAAUCUCCAAGAAAAAAACAUUGUUUUUUCUUAAUGUAGCCCUUAUACUCCAUUGUAUUUAUUAGAUUAUUAUAAUAACAAUUAUCUUCAAUAAAUCCCCACCCCCCAAGGAAAAAAAAUCUCACUCUAAGCUCAGUUCAAAACUUGAGAGCCCUGGUGUUUGUAUCAGCUUCAUCAGCUUCUGGAUGCUUAACCCUAAAACCUUCUAACUUUAAGAUAGUUAGUGUACUUGUGCAUGCUACCAUGCUCUCCCCCCUGCUGUGAGGUUCAGGAAUGAGAGUUAUGUAUUCUGUUAAAGCUUUGGAAAUGUCAGCCUCUCGAUCAGGUGUCGUCCGCUGCAGUCUCUGUAGUGCUUGUAAUGAAAGAUCUUGAUGAUCCAUCAGUAUGUUACAGCAGAGUUUGUGAACAGAGAGUGAAGUUGUUGAACUCUCUGGAUUUCUUCAUCCUGGAGAGAUUCAGAAAUGAUCAGCUCCUCAGCUGAAGAACAAACUCGUGCCGUGACUUCUUUAAGGUUUCCUGGGGUGUUGACAGAUGUUGGUGGACCGUUUGAUGAACUUAAACACCAAAGCACCAAAGCUAAGUCUUCUGUGCAGCAGUCCUAGGACCCGACGCUGGGGUCAGUUCCUGAGUAAGUGCGCUGGACUUUCUGGUCUCUAAUCAGUAUCAAUGUUCCCAAAGUGACCUGCAGCAGGGAUCUGGGUCAGUUUGCAGCUUUGGCCUUAUUAACAUUUUUGCUCCAUCUCAUGCUCAGAGUAACGCGAUCCUUCAGUUUCAGACUGGAGCACGCCGUGACGUGGUCUGAAGCUGAAAGUGAUCCAGAUUUGCUCAGUACACUGCUGCUCCCUGAUAUGUUUAGCUUGCUGCAGCUGAGCGCUGAGCUGCAGAAACAGGUGCUGCGGUUUAUUUCUGGAGGGAGGAUCAGGGCCUGCACGCUAACAGCUAAAGUCUGCAUGACACAGUUUAAGUAGAGUCAGAUCUAAACCUGACACUAGUCCUGCAGACAAAACCACCUUAGCCGAGCGCAAGUCAUGACCAGCAGUGUUUCAGACCAAGGGGAUUAAGACUGAGACAGUAGUCAGAUCAGGUCAAAGGAGGUACAUGUCCUCACUACAAUCAAAACACACCAGGGUGCAGAUAAAAAGAUCUGAGACCCAACGUUAAUGCAGUCUUGGUACGGUUGUUUGGUCUGUACCCGGGUUAGAUCAGUAGCUUUCUUACAAAUGUAAACAAACUCGGCAGACAGACUUGAAUUCGCUGUGACUGAAUAAAACCGAUUAGAUGUGAAAGCAGCCUAAGACUUAGUGGUACAAGGACUGAGUCAAGACCAAGUCUACUAGAGGCCUAGAUCAAGUAAAGGCCUGGAACAGAGGAGUACCAUGACCAAAACUUUGAGGUAAAUGACUGAGUCAGAGAUUUAGGAGGAUUGGGAACCCUGGAUCCAGUUUGGUCAAAGCAAAGGCAAAACUAUGGAAAAACUCUGUCAAGUCCAAGUAGGACCAGGACCUUCACAGACCGGUCCUUACUAAGUCAUCCUUACCCCCAAUUUCCACCGCAUCCAGAACGGCUAUGAAGAGGCCGUAACCGGUCAAGUUAAUGUGUCAGUUUCCAAAAGGCCGGGGACGAACAAGUGAAGGGUUUUAGAUGUCAUUUCACCCCGAUGACACCAUGGAUGAGGAGAUGCUGAUUCUAGAAGUCUAGAAGUAGAUUUCCUCCUCUGGAAGGACACAAUCUACUGCUUAUAUGUCUUUGUGUCUGUCAUUAGAGAGACAACUCGUUAUCGCACGAUUGAACGUGAUGAUCAUGAGAACCCCACAGGUUGUUGUGAGUUCUCGCGAUUCCCGCUGUCCGUAAUUCGCCAUGAAAUUUGCCUCACAAACAGAUUCAGUAGGAAUUGGCGUAAAUCUAAAAUCACUGCCGUUCCGGAUGCAAUGGAAAUCCUGUGUUCGGUACUACAGUCUAAGCUGACAUCCCCGUUGAAACUGGUUCCACCUGAAACAGACCAAAGUCCUUUUUUCAAACAGUUUUCCCUUCAGCACAAAGUCCAGGUCAUGAACUUACAAAAUAUGUGAUCUUCACUCGAGUUGACCUUCUCUGUUCUGCUUCCUCAGGGUGACCAGGAGGUGAAGUCUGUCACACCAGGCAAUGAACCAGCAGAACCCGGCAGCAGUGCCGGCGCCAGAGCCGAGAUGGAACCGGACAAGUUUGAGCUCCCUCCGGAGUCGGAUGAGGAGUACAUGGUGGUGGAGGAGGCAGAUUCCUCGUCUGCUGGCCGCCUGAAGAAGACAGGGCUGACACGUAUCGAGAGUUUUAAAGCCACCUUCUCCAAGGAGAACAUGAGCAAGACCCGCAAUAACCUAGGCACCAAGGUCAACAAGUUCGGCGAGCGCAUCGUGACAGCUGAGAGGCGUGAGAUGAUCCGCCAGUCUGGUGAGAGGCUGAAGCAGUCAGGAGAGAGGCUGAAGGAGACCAUCACCAAGAGCGUCCCCGCCAAGCUGAACCUGAAGAAGGAGAGGACUGUGGCGGAGGGCCAGGAAGGAGCCGAGGGAGCCGCAGAGGGAGCCGUGCCGGUGGCCCCUCCAAAAGGGCGUAAGGGCAGCCCGGACGCUGCCAAGUCCGCUGAAGAUGAAGGGAAGGGAGCCGAGUCUGAGGUGCCAAUGUACGACAUGAAGCAGCUAUCGUAA